UUCUACACUAAGAAACCAAUUCAGCCACCUCUGUUUUGCUCUCUCCAACGUUCGACUCUCGAUCCUUUGAUUUCCCCUUCUCCAAGCUUCCUUUUUCAACUCUUCCAGUCUUACACUCUCCACUCUCUUUUUCUUCUUCCAUUUCCUCACUUUCUCUCUCCUCACUGGUUCUUCAAUGGCCGCUAGAGCCAUCACCAGCAGAAGAAUUACAAGGUCAGCUUUUGCUGCUUUAACACCCUCCAAAACCUCUUCUUCUUCAUACCCUUUUUAUCAUUCUCUGUCCUCUUCCAAUCAUAAUUCUGCGUCGACAACUAUUCCAAGAAAUUUGGGUCAUUUCACAAAUGGGGUUUUACUUUUGGAGAGAGAAUUUAUAAGCAAUUCCAUCAAUGGCGUCGCCUCCAAUUUCUCUCUGGGUCGCCGCUUUUACUCUGCUUCCGCUGCUCCUUCUGCCAGCUCUGGGCAGAUUAAUCAAACAGAGUUUACUGAGAUGGCGUGGGAGGGGAUUGUUGGGGCAGUCGAAGCUGCACGUCUGAGCAAACAACAAAUUGUGGAGACUGAACAUCUGAUAAAGGCCCUUUUAGAACAAAAGGAUGGUUUGGCUCGUAAAAUAUUAACAAAAGCUGGGCUUGACAACUCAUCAGUUUUGCAAGCCAUAGAUGACUUCAUAUCCAAGCAGCCGAAGGUAGUUGGUGACACUAGUGGACCUAUUCUCGGCACAAAUCUUGGCACGCUGUUAGACAGAUCCCGGAGACACAAAAAAGAAAUGGGAGAUGAUUUUGUAUCAGUAGAGCAUUUGGUCUUGGCGUUUCACUCAGAUCCAAGGUUUGGCAAGCAAUUGUUUCAAAAUUUCAGCCUUAGUGAAAAGGAUUUAAAGGAUGCCAUUCAAGCUGUCCGUGGGAGUCAAAGAGUAACAGAUCAAAAUCCAGAAGGAAAAUAUGAAGCACUGGAGAAGUAUGGAAGUGACCUUACUGAAUUAGCCAGACGCGGUAAACUGGACCCUGUUAUUGGAAGAGAUGAUGAAAUUCGCCGCUGCAUCCAAAUUUUGUCGAGAAGAACCAAAAACAAUCCUGUUAUCAUCGGUGAGCCUGGAGUUGGUAAAACAGCAAUAGCAGAAGGAUUAGCACAGCGUAUUAUACGUGGUGAUGUUCCUGAACCAUUGAUGAAUAGGAAGUUGAUUUCACUGGACAUGGGUGCACUACUUGCUGGAGCUAAGUUUCGUGGCGAUUUUGAAGAGAGGCUUAAAGCUGUACUGAAGGAAGUUAGUGCUUCCAAUGGACAAAUAAUUCUGUUCAUAGAUGAAAUUCAUACAGUAGUGGGAGCAGGGGCUACUGGUGGUGCUAUGGAUGCUGGUAACUUACUAAAGCCAAUGCUUGGUCGGGGUGAGCUUCGGUGUAUAGGUGCAACAACACUGAAUGAGUACAGAAAAUACAUUGAAAAGGAUCCUGCUCUUGAACGGAGAUUUCAGCAGGUUUUUUGUGGCCAGCCAUCUGUAGAGGACACCGUUUCCAUUCUUCGUGGGUUGCGAGAACGCUAUGAAUUGCAUCACGGUGUUAAGAUAUCUGAUGGUGCUCUCGUUUCGGCUGCUAUCCUUUCUGAUCGUUACAUCACUGAAAGGUUUUUACCUGAUAAAGCCAUUGAUCUUGUUGAUGAAGCUGCUGCAAAACUAAAAAUGGAGAUUACUUCUAAGCCCACGGAGUUGGAUGAGAUAGAUAGAGCAGUGCUGAAAUUGGAGAUGGAGAAACUAUCCUUGAAAAAUGAUACUGAUAAAGCAUCCAAAGAGCGACUUAAUAAGUUGGACAGUGAUCUCACCUCAUUGAAAGAGAAACAAAAGGAGCUAAAUGAUCAAUGGGAAAGCGAGAAGGUUCUUAUGAAUCGAAUCCGGUCAAUCAAAGAAGAGAUUGACAGAGUUAAUCUGGAGAUGGAAGCCGCUGAACGUGAGUAUGAUCUCAGUCGUGCUGCUGAGCUCAAAUAUGGGACCUUGAUGUCUCUUCAGCGUCAGUUGCAAGAGGCUGAAGCGAACUUGUCGGAGUAUCGAGAGUCUGGUAAAUCCUUACUUCGAGAAGAAGUUACUGAUGUAGAUAUUGCAGAAAUUGUUAGCAAGUGGACUGGCAUACCCUUGUCAAACCUUCAACAAUCUGAGAGAGAGAAGCUGGUCUUUUUGGAAGAGGUUCUUCACAAACGGGUUAUUGGACAGGACAUGGCAGUCAAAUCAGUUGCUGAUGCCAUUCGACGCUCAAGAGCUGGGUUGUCUGACCCGAAUCGACCAAUAGCAAGCUUUAUGUUUAUGGGUCCUACUGGUGUAGGGAAGACUGAGCUUGCAAAAGCUUUAGCCGGUUACCUCUUUAAUACCGAAAAUGCUCUUGUACGAAUAGAUAUGAGUGAGUACAUGGAAAAGCAUGCAGUGUCACGGCUGGUUGGUGCACCUCCUGGCUAUGUUGGAUAUGAGGAAGGUGGGCAGCUCACUGAAGUGGUUCGACGAAGGCCUUACUCUGUCGUCCUGUUUGACGAAAUUGAGAAAGCCCAUCAUGAUGUCUUCAACAUCUUGUUGCAACUAUUGGAUGAUGGACGUAUAACUGACUCUCAGGGAAGAACUGUCAGUUUUACUAGUUGUGUGGUAAUUAUGACAUCUAAUAUUGGGUCCCACUAUAUCCUGGAAACUCUGAAGAAUACACAAGAUAGUAAGGAUGCAGUGUAUGACUUGAUGAAAAGGCAGGUUGUAGAAUUGGCUAGACAAACUUUCCGUCCGGAGUUCAUGAAUAGGAUUGACGAAUACAUCGUUUUCCAGCCUCUUGAUUCCAGAGAAAUCAGCAGAAUCGUUGAGUUACAGAUGAAUCGGGUGAAAGACAGACUGAAGCAAAAGAAGAUCGAUCUACAUUACACAAAAGAUGCCCUUCAGCUACUUGGGACUUUGGGAUUCGACCCGAAUUAUGGAGCCCGGCCUGUCAAGCGGGUGAUACAACAAAUGGUUGAGAACGAAAUAGCAAUGGGAGUUCUAAGGGGAGACUUUAAGGAAGAGGACUCAGUUGUCAUUGAUGUGGAUACAUUGUCGUCAGCCAAAGAUCUGCCUACUCAAAAUAAAUUAGUCAUUCGAAAGCUGGAUAGCAGUCCCUUAGAAAAUGUUAUGGUUGCCAAUAACUAAUAUCCUCAACAUAUACACUGGACAAAAUUGUAAAUGGAGAAGUCUUUUCAUGGUCUCCUUUCUUAGGGUGCUCUGUUUCUGACAGUUUUUUGAGGUCAGUCACUGUGUAUUCUCUCUUGUUUUAAUAAAACAAUAUGUGGGCAUUAUUUCUCUCACAUGCUUAAUGCAA